AUGGGCGUGACACGCACCGUCGUCCGCGAAGGCGCUGGACGCACCCCGAACGCAGGCGAGGUUGUCAAGGCUCACUACACCGGCCGCCUGAAGGACAGCGGCCAUGAGUUUGACUCGUCCCGUGACCGCGGCAAGCCACUCACGUUUGUAAUCGGCAUCGGUUCAGUCAUCAAAGGCUGGGACGAAGGUAUCUCCGAGAUGAAGCUCGGCGAGGCAUCGACGCUUCACGUCACCUCAGACUACGGCUACGGGAGGGAGGGCGCUGGACCAAUCCCGCCCAACGCCGAUCUUGAAUUUGAUGUUGAGCUGGUCGCGAUCGGCAACGACGCCAUCCCAGGCAACUCGUCAGUCAGCACGUGCGAGGCGUUCGGCAUUCAGCUGUGCGCCGUGCAGUGA